AUGAAAACCAUAUCGGAGUGUCCCGCAGGCUAUGUCCCUGGUAUCGGAGCAGAAGACGAUUUAUCAAUGAGUGCCGAUGCCGUUGACGAACAGAAAUCGGAAUUCGACAGACAGCUAGACGAGUGGAGACAAGAUGCCGAAAAUGAUUCCUCGAAACAUCUCUCUCCGGCUACGACACCAGAGUCCAUCCCUGCCUGCUUGACCAAAUUUACUUCGACCCAAUCCAUUGAGAGGGCAGACUUCUUCAUGUACAUGAGCCAAGCAGGAUUUCCGCCAGUCGACACACGAUUACAACCAUGGAAGAAGGUCCGCCCGAAGACAAAGACAAGAGCAGAAAGCGAUGGCAAGAUGGUAGUCAAGUGCUCUGGAAUCCACUAUUAUAACACGACGGGCGGCUGA